AUGGACACUUAUAGUAAGCAAAAGCACGAAGAAAAAAGAUUAAAAGAAGAUGAUGACUUAAUUAAUAAUAUCCUUCCAUCGUAUCAUAUGCACCAAUCUACUAUUUCGAAAAAUUUAACACCCACUAAUGAAAACUUUCGUGUGGACCCACCCAUGUAUGAGAUGACACCCGUGAAUUCGGUGUCGACCACGCCUUCUGUAAAUAUGUCAGCCAUGCAGUCACCAACAUCAAAUUUAUCAGUUGACGAAUUUCCGUUUCCAAGCCAGCAGAUUGACCAGGUACUUGAACAAGAGCCGAAUAUUUGGGAGAAUACUAUUUUAGCGAAUGUACACAAAUUACCUAAUUUGAGUAAGUCGGAUAAUAAAAUUUGCCAGGAUUUGGAGAUUGACAUGAAGGUGACCGAGAAGGUUUGUCAGAAGGGAGUGAAGCCAACCAUCAUAGAUCCCCUGAAAUACGAGUUUAAACAAGGAGACUACAUCCAUGGCUAUGUUACUAUUAAAAAUAAGUCUCCGGUACCUGUACUGUUUGAUAUGGUUUAUGUUGUAUUUGAAGGUACGCUAGUCGUACUUGAAAAUAAUCGAGGAUUAAUCGACGUUAAGAAGCCUUCAAAAGUCCACAAAUUUUUAAAUAUGCUUGAUUUAUUUGCAUCUUGGUCGUACGCAAAUAUAGCCAGAUUAGCCACAGAUGACGGGGACCCGCAUGAUUGGUGUGAUGGAGAAACUGACCCUUAUGAUAAUGCUGUUUUAUCUAUCGAUGUUAAACGAUUUUUCCAGCCUAACGUUAUGUAUAAGAGAUUUUUCACAUUCAAGAUUCCAGAAAAAUUACUUGAUAAUACAUGCGAAGCACAUACAUUUCCUGUUCAUACAGAAAUACCUCCAAGUAUUGGAGUUUCCAGAACCCAAAAUUCACCAUCAUCAAUAUUAGGUGCAAAAAGUGGGCAUCUCAAAGAUUUCUCAAUCAUAGAUACAUCUAUAGGCUUCAAUGUUAGUGCUAGAGUUAUUGGAAAAGCAUCAGACUAUAAGCAUUCGUUGGACCGUGAUCAAUAUGUAGUUGCUAAAGAAGCUACAUGUAAUAUUCGGGUUAUUCCGCAGAGUAAUAUGAAUUAUAUUCAUUACAAUUCUUCUAGAAAUCGUGAAAUCUUUCUUUACUAUAAAGUAUUUGUCGAUUCAAUUAAAAGUAAAAUAGAGCAUGGGAAUAAUUUAUUGAACUUACCAAGGGAUCAACGAGAUACCCCAGAUAUUUCACCCCUGGUGUCUAGAGAUGGUUCUUUCGUGAAAUUAAGACAGUUAUAUACUAUGGCUGAUAAUGAAAUCAAGCGAGAAUUAAGACCUUCCACAAAACAAUUUCUGGAUGAAAUAUACCAAUGUCUUGCACCAUUUAAGAAGAAAUCGUUGACUGGCUCAUCGAAAACAUUAGGGGUAAUUUCUUUAUCAACGCCCAAGGAGGAUUAUCGAACAUUAUAUGUACCUCCAGUGAAAUUUAGAAAGCCGGAUGAAUCAUAUGAUAACACUAAGUUAACGAUACCUAUAGAUAUUUCGUACUUUCACACAAAAUCAUCGUCUGGUAAAGAAGUUCAGUUUCCGGAAAUCAAAUAUUUGAAAGUAGAAUUGGUAGCUCUCACAUUAAGAUCUCUGAAGUAUCCUAUUCCUUUAGAAUUUUCCCAUGAUAUGUGUUUCAAAGAACAAGAAAUAUAUGAUAAAAAAGAAACCCCAGAAAACUUUGACUCCAUAAUAAUCAAGCAAUUCCAAUCAUACCUAUUACAGUUAAAAUCUUUGCUCACUACUUUAGGAAGCAAUAUAUUCAAAGUGGAGACUCAGCUAAUGAAAGAUAUAAAGUCUCUUGCGACUUUAUCGACCAAAUACAUUAACUUGCAAAUUCCAAAGUACCAGCUUAUAAUGAAGUCACCUAAAAGUCAUAGUUCACAUAAUUCCAUAACCACAAUACCGUGGGAACAAGUGAAAUCUACACAUGAUGAAUACUCCCUAUACUCUAAAAGUUUUGACCUCCACGUUGAUUUGAGAGAUUGUCAAGCAAAAGGCCCAACAUCGCAUCCUCCACAAGGUACAAGCUUGGAUCAUUUAACUUUGGUACCGACUUUUCAAAGUUGUUUCAUGUCGAGACUCUACUAUUUGAAAGUAAGUAUCAAAAUAAAUACCGGCGAGCUCUUAACAGUCAAUGUACCAAUGCAUAUAGAAAAUUGA